AUGAAAUUGAAAUAAUAAUAUAAAAUUAAAGCAUUGAUAGGACAUAAAAAAUAAAAUAGCUACAAUGAUAAAAGGAAGAGUAAAUAAUAAAUGACAAUUAUGAAUUAUCUAUUCAAUUAUGAUCUAAUUUGA